CGCUGAGCAUGCGAGGUCCCGAGUGCGCAGGCCACAGCACUGUCUGCACAACCAGGCCGCACAACACUCUAGAGGAAAGUGUGCAGUUUAUUAUUGCUAACUUGGAGCAUACAGGAUUUUAGAAGAUGGCAGCCAGUAACGCAGCAAUUAUUGAAGAGAUUGAAGCACUACAAGCAAUUAUGCCAGAUGAAGUAACAGUAUUGCAAGGACACAGUGGAAUGCCUGAUGGUGUGGAGGUGACUGUUGUCCCCGCAACUGGACAGAAUAUCGAAGAACAACAUGUGAGAGUAACUCUUGUGCUGUCUUUGCCACCCGAGUAUCCCGAUACCUCACCAAGUAUCACACUCAGGUUUGUAAAUGGGACUUGAUUGUAGGUUUUUAUA